AUGUCCAGCGCUACUAAUCCUCGUCCUCGUCCUCGUACCCCUACUACUUCAAAGUCUUUCUCCUCUAGAUAUCUCCUCCUCUUUCUAUCAACCCUCAUCCUGGCUAUCUUUCUCUCGCCGUCCUUCAUCCCCCGUCUCCGCCAACUCUCUUCCCAUCUUGUCAUCCUGCAGCGACCACUCACAACUAUGGCAUCCCCAUCUUACGCCUCGGAGCUUCAGAUCGCUCAGCUGGCCGUCCAGCGCGCCACUAUCCUCACAAAGCGCGUCUUCCACGAGAAGGCAAAGGGUACCGUCGACAAGAACGACAAGAGCCCCGUUACCAUCGGUGACUUUGGCGCUCAGGCCCUCAUCAUCGCCGCCCUCCGCCACAACUUCCCCGACGACGCUAUUGUCGCAGAGGAGGAGGCUGCCGAGCUUCGCAACGACGAGAACCUCAAGAAGACUAUCUGGGAGCUCGUCAGCUCUACAAAGCUCGACGACGACGACGCUGAGAAGAAGCUCGGCGGUCCCAUCAAGGAUGUUGACGAUAUGCUUGAGUUGAUCGACAGAGGUGGCAGCCAGGGCGGUUCAAGCGGUCGCAUUUGGGCCAUUGACCCCAUUGACGGCACAAAGGGUUUCCUCCGUGGUGGACAAUACGCUGUCUGUCUUGGUCUUAUGGUUGAUGGUGACGUAAAGGUCGGUGUCCUUGGUUGCCCUAACCUUCCUGUUGACGACUCGGCUCGUCUGACAUCCGACAUCGGCGCCAAUGCCACUGACGAGGGUCGUGGUGUUGUCUUCUCUGCUGUCCAAGGUCACGGUGCCACCAGCCGUCCUCUCACUGCUGGUGCUCUCACUGCUGAGAAGUCAAUCUCCAUGCGAAGCCUUGAUGACCUCUCAAAGGCCACAUUCUGCGAGAGCGUUGAGGCUGGUCACUCAGCCCACGACGACCAAGCCCUCAUUUCCAGGAAGCUUGGUAUUACUCAAGACAGUGUUCGUAUGGACAGUCAAGCUAAAUACGGUUCCAUUGCCCGUGGUGCCGGCGAUAUUUACCUUCGCCUGCCCGUCAAGGCGACAUACCAGGAGAAGAUUUGGGAUCACGCUGCCGGCGACCUUAUUGUUCGCGAGGCUGGUGGCCAGGUUACUGAUAUCCAUGGAAAGCGUCUUGAUUUCACCGUCGGACGCACUCUUGCCAACAACAAGGGUGUUAUUGCUGCUCCUGCUGCUGUCCACGGCAAGGUUCUGGAGGCAGUUCAGGAGGUUCUCAGUGCCAAGCAGUCAUAA